UGUAUUACUAGUGUAACACUACUACUACUACAACAGCAAUACAUUGCUAUCAAAAAAUUAAUAGCAAAUGUUUGUCACAACAAACAAAAAAACAUUAACUAAUAACUUGUUGGUCACUACCGCUAAAUAUAUCUGUCUGUCCAUUUAGUUAGUGAUAUAUCACGCGAGAGAGAGAGGAGGAACCGUAUCAAACGGGUGAGAAAAAAAACCCGUAACCCCAGACACCACCCGAUAACAUCCGACACCACCGCCGACUACGCACACAUACACACACAAUGGCCGGCACACCGAUGGUGGACAUAGUAAUGGUCGAUCGGGUCAGCUUUGAACAAAUGAAAAUCGAGUCCGACCAGUAUCGGCAACGGGUGCACGAACUGGAGCGAGAGUGCGACCAAACUCGCAACGAAUUGCAGACAUUGCGCCGACUGUGCGAUGUCCUCGAACAGGUCAAGCUAUACAAUGACAAACUAGUCCAAUGUGUUCGCCAACAGUUCAAUAUUGCCGAAACACCGUUCGAUCGCGAUCUGGCCAUACUUGACGACCAGUAUCAGUCUAUUAAGACAACUGUAUUGCCGCAACAGUUUACCGGUCUAUUGAAUACGGCUACAGAUUUAAAUGGUACCGAUCAGACCACCAGUAGUGUAACAUCGGUUGGAGGUCAUCACGAGAUUGUGUUGACCACCAGCUGUGUUAGCGAUCAUUUGUGGUCGUCGACGACGACUGGAGUAAACAGUUCGACGGCUGUAGUGGUGACCGAUGACGGACAUCAUCAUCACUUAGACGCUGCCACAAGUUAUCUCUGUGCCGAUGAAGAACUCGAUGCCAACAGUCUGGCCGAUAGUAGUUGCGAUGUUAGUCAUGUGAUGAUUACCGGCGGCCACCACAGCGGCGGAGUUGCUGAUGACACAGAUUUUAUGAUCAGCGGUCUGUCACGCGUAGGCAGUGGCGGCACAAAACGUACUAAAGUUACCGCCAAACGUGGCAAAGCCAAAACUGUGACCGCCGACGGAGAAAAACGUUUUAAGUGUACGUGGAGUGGCUGUCAAUACGCAACUGAUAAUCGGGGAAACUUUCAGAAGCACUAUCGCAUUCAUACGGGAGAAAAACCGUAUAAGUGUCCGCACGAGGGCUGUCAGUAUAGUUGUUCGGAUCCGGCCCGUUUUCGUGAACAUAAACUGAUACAUUCAACCGAAAAGGGCUACGUGUGCGAGUGGCCCGGCUGUACGUGGCGUUUCAAGACACACAAACUACUCAAAAAUCAUGUCAAAGCUUGUCAUACUGGCGAAAAACCUCAUAAGUGCGAGUGGCCAGGUUGUGAAAAACAAUUUCUCAACAAAUACGAGGUCAGGGAUCACAUGAGACAGCAUACUGGCGAUCGUCCAUUCAAAUGCGACUUUCCCGACUGUAACGGUGCAUUUGCCCGGAGCAAUACACUCACCCAACAUAUCCGUGAAGUACAUUGUUUUCGCAAACAAUAUUUCUGUGAUUAUAGCGACUGCGAUGCCCGAUACGAUUGUGUCGAUGAUCUGAAACAACAUAUCCGCGAACGACAUCCGAAAACUAUUAGUGACGAGACCACCACUACCAGUGCCAACACAAUCAUUGAUGAAACCAUCAUUGCCGACACCGUCAACAACAAUAUUAGUGAUGUUGAUGACGAUGUUGUUAUAGGUGGUGAUAAUUCCGGUGUCACUAUUAAUGAGAACAAUGCUAAUAAUAUCACUGACACUAAUAAUAGUUUAGAUAAUAACAAUAGUAAUAACGUUGAUAUUGAUGUUGACAAUAACAAUACUAAUACUAUCAAUAGUAUUACAGAUGAUAGUGUUGUUUUAGUUGCUGAUACUGAGUGUGAUAAAAAUCCACAAAAAUAUAUGUAA